CAAAUAGAACGAGAUUAGCUUUGCAAGAGGUGGCUAAUAUGAAGCGAUCCCUGGCCGCGUUGUGUCUCUGUGUUUGUUCUGAUUUUUUCAAGCACUCCUGAUUGCACUCCUCACCGUUGAUCAAGCUCGUGUGCAUGCAUUGUUCUCUCUGAAACAGUGUUGCAAAGCAUAUUACAACUUCUGAAUAAGAGAGAAACACAUUCACAUAACAUUCAUUCAUAAAAAUAACAUUCAUUUUCGAUCAUAGUACUUACACGAAAAAAUGUCAUCGGCUUCAAGAGCCUCGUCUUUGAUCUCCCAUCCUGGAGGAGGGCGUACAGGUACGACCCACGAACAACUGAGUUCCUCCCGUGCGAGGUUCAUUUUCUUCUUACGGCUACCGCUUAAGCAUCCUCAGGAGCAUCCGCCUUGGCCCUUUUUCUGCUUGAAAGACGGAUGACCAAGGCUAGGAAGAAGGUAGCUCUAAUCUUUGCCGAUGUUGCGCCGGAUGAGGAACGUGCUUUCGCUUUGGAGUUUCCUGGAGCCGUGACGAGGAGGUCAGAAGAAGCAGUGUGGACCAUUUUGGAGGGCUUUAUGCCAGGAGGUGAUAAAAACAAAGGGGGCGGUGAUGUGCAAGUGCAUCAAGGUACUUAUUUGGCAUCAGUAUCAUUUUGACUAGAAUAUGAAUUGAGUAGUUUCGCUUUUCUUGUUGUAUUUAAUUUCAGAGAGUGUUUAUAGGCUUUCAUCAUCGGACAAAUGAUCUUCAUAUAGUAAACCCUAAACCCUAACCCAAACAAAGCAAACAUAGAAAUAAGCUAUAUCAAACCCCAUCGCAAAGCAGCCGCGACCCACGCUUCAGCCUUCUUGCAUCAACUGCGGAAGCAUGUGAAGCGAGAGUUCGAGAAGCUUGACCUCCCCUGUCCACGCGUAAGUCGUUAUCCUAGAAGUGGCGCUUCUACCGUUAACACCUCAUUAGUCGGUGGCCCUCAACAAGGGGCAGUACCAUCGGGUCGUGGAGGCACCUCGACUAAGGAUGACUUGGUGGAUCAUGGGGCUGGGAGGAUUAGGACUAGGACCGGGAGUGGAAGAGAACAUCAACUUCAACAUGACGAAGACAAUCGAUUUCAACUCCAUUAUCAACAGGAAGACUAUAAUUCCACGACAUCCAGAAGAGCAUCUUCAAGUACUGCUAGUCGAAGAAACAACAACUACAGGAGAGACCGCAAAGUGUCGAAUUCGACAGCGUCUAGUUCUAGCUACUGUUUCUACGACGCUAGCAGAAGCGCUUCAGUGGACAUAAAAUCAGCGAACCCAAGAAGUCGAACUAGAGCGAGUACAACCUCUUCCGCGGGAAGACAGCGGCCGCUGCUUGUAUCAUCGUCUUACCAAGAACAUCAGAAGAAUGGCAGCACCUCUUCAACAAGGUCUAGGCGAGUCACUUCUGGUGCUGCAGAGCCAGAGCGUUCAUUGUCCCAGUCUUCCACCUCUGGAGUACGACAUGAUAGAAGACAGACUACACUCUCCAGAAGACAGACUGCACAUGCUUCUAGGACAAGAAGUUCAUCAGCUGUACCUGAUCGAGGUGGAACGCGACCACACACCUACACGUACAACUAUCAGCGUGAUCCCUCGCAGUCUAGAAGUCCAACUUCCUUUGCCCGAAACGCGAAAGACCGAUUUGGUGGAUCGACCUUGCUUCUAGAAGAAGGCUCAGGUGGAGGUUCCCAAUCCUCGCUAACGAGUAAGGUGCCUAGUAGCAUAACGCCAGUCACAGCUCUUACCUCGUCAGUAUUCGGUGGAGCAACGACGACGCAGAAUACUCCCUCAAUGCUGAUGAAGAACUCUAACUACAGCACUAGCAGCUCUUUGGUGAACGUUAUAACCUCCGAUGUGGUCUUCGAUGAAGAAAACGGCUUGCGAUCUCAGCCGCCUGUUCCAAUUAUAGUUGAGGGUGGGAUCGUGGAUGAAUUAACAGCUACAGGUGGGGCUGGGACAAGGAACAAUGUCGAGGUACUUACUCUUACUUACGAUCUUCAUCGUCUUACUUGCAUCGGUUCACCUUCGGAAGAACAACACAUUAAACAUGUACGUAGAAGACAGAUCGUUCAGUCAUUGGCCUCCUUUUGACAAUGGAACAAAAAUUAUCGAAUUCAUUUCUCAAAAUAUAAUUUCUUCAUACCACCACACUGACUUUUACAGGUGAAAAAUAACGUCACCGACGAUCUCAGGACUUCCGUUUCUACUCCCUUCAUUUCGCAUACUGGUGCGUUGCUGCGGCCCGUUGUUGCUGCUCCUGGUGGCUACGACACGACUUCCUCUUUAAAUCACGAAGUUCCAAUACUUCGAGAAAAGACAAGCACCUUGUCUUCAUCCUCGACAUCUCGGCAACAACAAGCACAAGAACUACUAACUCCAGAGCAUCAACUACAAGUUCGAUGUACCUUGCCGCCAACUUUGUUGUCGAAUUUUAGUCCAGAGCGGAUUCGAAGAGAGCAAGAAGUGGGUGAUAAAAAGACGAGUAAAGCAAGGUCUCCCGCUUUUCGCAGGACGACACCCGGAGGACCUGCACGACUAGCUGCAACUAUCGAUAGUGCUGGUUCCCAAACUCGAGACAACAAUUCUGGGAAGAUUUCGCCGUUUUCCAUCAUGGCCAAUGGGUUUCGGGAUUUGGUGGUUGGAGGACAGGCGCAAGUAGAAGAAGUCUUCAACGAAGAAGAUGACAGGAGCACGACUCGGACUUCCAAGACGACUAGACAAGUCAGUAAACCAAGAGCGCCGUCACGUACUCGCGUGCUGGAAGAGGAUGAAUGUUCAUCUGGUGUGGGAAACCGAGGAGUUGGAGUCUUGCAGAGAAGCUCUGCAGCACAGCCACAACCUGCGAGUGCGUGGAAUCAUCAACAACAACGGGCAACUCGACAACCAGCAACAUCGUCUAGAUCAAGAGCAGCAUCAGCUGUCCAUCAACGACCUAUCAUCGAGGUACAAGGUGCUGGGAACUCACUACUUCAGCCUGGAGGUAGCACAGCAGGAAAAAGUAGAGCAACAGUCGCAGGACUGUCAGACAAUAAAGGAUUGCUGACACUGAACUUGAAGCAGAUGUUGAACAACAACAAAGCAGUACUAGAUCAAGUUUCAGCUACUUCACCUUCUUCAGUAGACAAACGCAGUACAACAGCUGCUGUAGAUAAACGAAACACAACGACUAUAACAGACUCCUUCGUUCCGGAUCUGCGUGUCCGUUCUCCUGUCUUGCGCGCUAGCCGGAAUCCAGAAAGAGCCUCCAGAGUCGGCAGUCCACCGAGGCUGUUCAAAAGUCUAGUCGUUGCCACAACUACUGAAAACGGAAGACAAAUUGGGACUGAAAACGCAAAGAAGGAUCCGUCUUUACGCGGCGGUAGUGGAGGAAAUGACAAUAAGCCAGGGUCAAUCUAUGUCACCAAGAGCGUUUCGGAGAGGGGAACAAUUGGCGCGAGAAGUUCUAAGCCAGCUCGUUUAGAUGAAGCGCGAGACCAACAAAUCGUGGCACAUUCAACUAGAACUGCUCCACAUCUGCAACAAAGUCAAAACUGUAGCCUUCCUACAGGCGUUGUAGGCAAUCCUACACUAGGAUUAGACCCUUCCUCCACUAGCAGUCUCGGCAAUCGCCUCUCGGCUUUAAAUGAGAAGGUGAACCGGUUUAUCCAGAUGCAACUAGAAGCAGAUCAACGACUGGCGAAUCGUAGUCGCCGAGACACCAUUGACUCUGUUGUAGAUCAAGAGGACGGUUUGGAGAAAGAUGAAUCGUGGAGAUUUGCAACUGCAGCAUCGAUCGAUGCCACUGUAAGUGAUUUCUUGUCGGGGACGGCUGGUGGUGGUCAGGGUCAGCAGGAGGAUGCAGCUGUUUGGCAGCAGUCGAUGAUGGAACAAGGAGGGGAACAAAAGAGCCUUACAUCGUCAAUUUCGAACAGUAGUCCUCGCAGGACUGGUAGUGCGAUUCGGAAGUUGAACUCAGCUACUAUUUCUGCUUCUAGUCGUGGCAUGAAGCCUGCUGCUGCGAAGAGAAAUGCCAAGAGUUGCAUCGUCACUGCUGGCACUGCCCUAGUAGACAGAUCAAAAGCUCUUUCUGUAUCUGUAGAGCCAGGCUCUAGUUGGAAUGGGUACGGCAGUUCGGAUCUGUCUAGUUCACAGGUACUAUUUCAGGAAACACAAACUUCUAGAAGCAGUCGAGAACAAGAACAAGAACAAGAACAAGAUCUUCACCUUCAAAGCGGUAUACGCAAAGCAGCUUCUACGAGCUGUCGAGACGUAUUUGUGAGGAGCUCAUCAUCUGGUGAUAAACUACAAGACGAAGAGGGACUUCAAGCAGUAGCUGUAGAUCGCCAGAUUAGAAGUCGUGCAGCUACAAGCCCUUCUAUGUUGACUAUGUCGUCUCGUCCUACACGAAAACGCAGUGCGCGUCGUCAGCAGAGCCAGGGGUCUGCUUCGGAUGAACAGCCUCAGUUUCAAUUUAGAGAUGAAGCACAGCCCUCUACAGCUCGCGCACAACAGAUAUCAGCUUUAGCGAAUGGGCAGCCGUUUCGGCAGCAAGGUCUGUCAGCAAGUCAUGUGUCUGAAAGGUCUGAAGAAGUUCUACUCGAAACUGCAUCAAACCAAGGUAGCACAACAAGUAGUAUUGUAGAAGUCGGCGAAGGAGGAAGACCACACGAUGAUAUGAUCGUUUAUGAUUGCGUUAUAGAAGACUUACCAGCCUCUGCAGACUGCACUCUCUUGUCAUCGGUUCCUUUUGUAAUCACAGACAGUGCAACUGCUGGAGGUCGAGGAGGAGGAGUUGCGGGAGAAGAAUUCGCUGCUGGAAAUACGGCCACGACACUGCUUCAAGAUAAUCAUCUCCGGACAACAUCGACGUCGAGUCGAAUCAAACUUCCUGCUACCUCACCUGAUGUUCUUGUUGGCCGUAGCAAGAGUUUGGCUUGUACUAGCACGUUAACUCCAUCGAAUAAUUAUAGGAACAAGAACACGUUGCAGAGCAGUAGUACAACCAGACAACACGCUGCGUCAUUGAUAGUACAACAGUCAGCCUUUUUGCCUCCAAAAUACAAGGAUGAGAAGCAGGUGCCUUGCUACGACACGAUUAGGGGAAAGCUGGUAUCAAAACGGCAAGACGAAGAGAUGAUCUUCGAUGCCGCUCAUCAUGGCCCAACAUCUCCAUCAGGUGCGACUCAACGUAGUAUGAAGAAAAAUGGCUACAGCAUCUUGUCUCAGCAAUUCUCGCGUAACGACAGCCACACUCCGAAACACCAUGUUGGACCACUACACCAGAACUUGUUUCAGCCAUCAUCCUCUAGUUCAUCUGCGGUCGCGCCAGCAUCGUUUGCUUCUGCGCCAACGCAUUCCGAUUCCUGGAUACAGAUUCGCCCUCCAACGGCGCCGGAUGAAGACUUAGUGAAUCAAGGUCAUACCUUGGGUACCACAACUACUAGUCCCCAAGCACUAGGAACAGCAGAAACAUCACCAUCAGGAGCAAUCAGUACACACAAAAUUCUCCAAGCUCGUUGCGCAUUAUCUGGGGGAAACUCCGUUUUCAUUGACUUGGUUUUUGAAGACGCUGUAGCAAGGAGCCUGACAUCGGGUGUGGUGAAAGAAGCGUUGGACAAGUUAAGGCUCAAUCAUUUCAAUGGUCACCAUUGAGAUUGGAGUCACUGAGAUCGAAGAGGCGACCCCUUGAGAUGAGAACAGGGAAAAACAAAGGGAAAACAAAGUGGAACCCUUUUCACUCAGAUGAAUCAGUGACCACUGAAAGCUGACCUUUAUAAACAAGGCUAUUUUGACUCAGGAGGCUGAGGGGGGUGGUCGUGUGGAAGGAUUCGAAGUGCGCGUGGUGGAGGUGCGGAAUUUGGAUCAUAUCUUGGACAGUCCUAGAGGUGAACCAGAAUCUUCUCAAAAUGUCUUUCGUGUGCUAGCAUCACUCGACGCAGUGGAAGAUGAUGACCUUCCGCCUCAGCGGGCGACAUCUUCUUUCACUGCGACACGGAGCAGCAAACGGCACAGUCACGUUCGGCUCGCACACGCUGAUCGAAUAUUGCUGGAGAGUCUGGCAGAAUUUCUUGGUGCCAUCCUGUUUCCGCGUAGCGCUUUGGAGGAAAUUGCUGGACUAGAAGAUGGACAUGCACCACCUGGUAUAACAACUACUUCUAGUGGGAAGAUGUAUUACAAGGAUCGGCAAGGAGAACAAGCUUUAGGCCUUUCUUCGAAGUCUAUCCUUGGGGAAUCCAGUAGAACCUCGAUGGAACAAGAUAGAGUGCAACUUUCCGCACACCAACAUCAGACACCUUCAACCCAGCAGCGUGUUUUUUGGCGUGAGCUAGAGACUGCAGAUUCAAGUGGCGCAGUGGCGCGUGCCCUUCAGUUGCAGCUGUCCAGAGACACCCAGUCGAUCGCGCGCACGGUCACACAACGACUUGCAGGACUCGAUCAGGAAGUGUUGAAGAUGAGUACUUCUCCUGAACCAUGUAAUAAGAAUAUUAACGGAGGUGAUAGUACAAUUACAAUUUCAAUUACGGCGCCAGCACCUGCAGCCAGGAGUCGUCCUACUGCUGUCCACAACAUCCAUCACAACAUCGAUCCACGUGCUGCAGUGAGGAGCCGUCCUACUGUCUUGCCUGACCAGUUGUUGAAACAAGCAGAGGCUAGUUUUGGUGCUGGAGAUAGUCCUGUUGUGACGCCUGUGGUGGAUCAGCAUAGUAGUGGAAUUGGAAGCAUAAGUGGAGGAGGAGGUCAAUUUCCCAUACUUUCGAAGCAAUCUACUGACCCACAAGGUGGAGGAACCACAUCUACCAACCAUCUUUUUGACGGUGACAGCGUCGUUUCAUCAGAACAGGCAUUAGGUGAUGAUAAUAGGCUUAGAGAAGGAAAAGAAGAUGUUGCCAUCACCACUGAAGUAGACGAUGAGUCGCCUCAUCUCUUCACUUCCCCGGAUGUCAUCGUCAUUCGCUCAUCGGGAGAGGGAUCUUCCGUGGUUUCGUCUUCUGUGGUUUCGUCAGCAAUGGAGUGUCCUCGAGGGAUGAUUUCCCUGCAAGAGAGUGAGUCCAUCGUAGAAGAAUUCGAGUCCAGGGUGUCAAGGAUUCCUCUAGAGGAUGUCAUGCUAACAUCGCAGCCAAGGAAGAGCAGUCGAGUACAACUUCCUAAAAAUGCUGUAGGAGUGGAUGAGGAGGAAACGACGACUGCUGCGACUGCUAGUGGACGAACAGAACAACAGCAACAACCACGACAAGCUACACCAGUUUACACAUUGCGAGACUUGCCGAAUACAAAAAGCGACGUCAUUCCGGAAGCUAUGCAUAAAAUGUGCGCGAAUUUGCUGGCCGCAAGUGCGCCAGCGCAUCAUCGUGUCAGCUUUGCCUCUCCGCCUGAUGUGGUUCUAGACGACAAGGUUCGGCGAUCAUCCACAGUAAAUGCGAGUAGACGUCGUGGAUCUCGAGGAGGAGGAGGAGCGCCGGGUCGUAAAAGUAGCAUUGCUUCCUCGAACAACGAGAAAGUGAUGUCAUCAGCUGACAGUACUACCAGGAGAGCGUCCUCAGCAACUGCUUCUAGGAAAGUUUCGAUCGUCUCUGGAGGCUCCACGUCUUCGAGACGUCGUAAAUCGUCGUUGAAGCGUCGCAAAAGCGAAGAUCAACCUCCUUCUACAUCAGACAAAGCGAAGACCAACGAGACAAGUUCCAGUGCUGAUGCAGAAGUAAACAGAGGUCAUCAGGAAGAUGAGCAGUUUAUUCCGGAACCCGAAGUGCAACUGGACGAGACCAAGCAGGAGAACGAGAAGGGCCAUCAGCAGGACGAUGAGAUUAGAGAUGCACUGCAGGCAGACGCAGAGGCAGAUGAGCCAGUAACAGCGCUUCAACAAGAGAAAGACCACGUCGUGGUGGAAGAGAUGCCCAAGCGUGAGCCAUUAAACUCCUUGCAGAUCAUCCAACCACCUCAAGAAGUGGUUCCACUUCCAGAGGCGUUAGGUGGCCAAGGAGCAGUAGAUGAUAUUAUUGAUAAGGCAGUAGAGGACAACUCUCGUUCUCCCUCAAGUAGUGGUCAUAGCGGUUCUGGAGAAUCUGACUCAGUCAGUAGUCGUCGGAGUGCCUCUUCUAGGUCGAUGCCAUCGUCGAGUAGCAGCAGGAGCUCUCAAUCAAAUAAAGCGAGUGAGAAAAGUUCUCAGUCCUCUUCGGCGGGUAGUUCUUCUAGAGGCGACAAGGGUGGAGAUCAGGAUAAGGCGUCCUCAAGUCCUCAUAGUAGAAGUCCUCAUAGAAGUUCUAGAUCUGAUCACUCUGCUGACGAGGCAGGCUCAAGUCGCUCUCAGUCACAGCACUCCUCAAGAUCCUCCUCUUCUCACUCCUCUAGAAGUCCUCACAGUAUUAACACAAGUAGUGAAGGUGGAUCGUCGAGGUCAGCGUCAGCGUCAGGGAAAGGUUCAUCUCCACGAUCAGGCUCGGGGAAGAGCUCCUCUAGGUCUGGGUCACCAAACGCAUCAUCAUCCUCUAGGUCACCCAAUGCAUCAUCACGGUCAAGUCGGUCUCCUCCUGUCUCGCGGAAAUCUAGUAGAAGGUCUCAACGACGCAGAAGCAAUCGGAGUGGAUCACUACAAUCGACGCACUCGCGAAAGCUUGACGAAGAUGUUAUUGCAAAAAUGAAUAGGAGUACUAGUGCUGGAACAGCAAGAGGACCGGGAGAUGGGCGUUCUUCAACCAACAAACAUAGUCAAGCAGCACAAGAGUUGCAAGCCGAAGCCUCUCCUCAGCGUCAAGGUCAAAAGCAAUCAUCUUCCUCUUCUUGGGAUUCUCUUUGGAAGCAGCUUGUAGCCGAAUUACCUGCUGCUCUUGAUCCUCGCCAAAGACAGACGCAAGAAGAGGCAGAUGGCGUUCCUGCUGGCCUCUACCCAGCAGAGACCAGUGGAGGCGAUGCCAAACUCUAUCCGGGAGGCGGACCGAAAAGGCUACCUCUCCAUGAUGCGAAGGCCUCAGGGCGUGAAAUAGACGCUCAUCAGGCGUUUUACCUUAGUUCCUUUCUCAAGAGCGACGAUUUUGGACGCGAAACCUACUGGGAACAUCUCUGUGUGCUAUUUGGAAAAAGUUUGGGAUCCAAUCGCACGGUUUUUGGUUACCCAGUUCUAGUUUUGGUCGUAGGCUGCUUUCGAAGGGGAUUGGAGUGGCUGCUGAAUGGGAAGGAGGGACACAGUGCUUAUGGAUAGAAACUGUUCGUCAUUCUGAGGUGUUGUCAGGUAUUUUAUAUUCCCCGUAUCAAUCUCCGCCGUGACUUUACGGAGGGCACUUCGGGUCCUCGGACAACUAAAGCAUUUUCGGUUGAUGAAAACGAAUACGAAAUGUUGGGCACUUCUAACAUAACUCGAAAUCGAAUCCAUCAUCAACAUCCGGAGGCCUCUCUGGAGCAGCCUUACUUAGCAUGCAGCGACAUCUAUUGCAGAAAUUCAAAGCAGGAAAAGUGCUAGAGAAGAUGCUAACCCUGCUCUUAAGCGACGACGACAGUCGUGGAUUAGCUUUGUCUUCGGUGAAGACAGAGGCUGACCAGGAUAUGGAUGCAUUAAGGCACAAACAGUGUGCGAGUUUUUGAAUGUCGUCAAGCUCAAAGUGUGAUAGCAAGUCUACUUUGUUAGAAAUGCUUCUUCAUCUUCUUUCUGUUUUGGAGCGAAAGAAGAAGAACUAUAAGUGGAAACAAAUCUUUGUCAGAUUUUGCAUGGCUACAGAAAAGUCCAACGAUUUAUUGUGGGAGACCUCUAAUCCUCUCCUCCGCCAAGGCAGGUCUUUCACCGCGAGAAAGAUUUGAUUUGUCCUAUCUCGCUUCUCUCUCGCUACGGGCAGCCAUUGAACUUUUAGUGAAGGAACCGAAGGCCGGGAGUUCAUCAGCCGAACAAGCAUCGGAGAAGGAUAAGGUCGCUUCUUAAGGCUUGAGACUGGUAGUUUCUGAUGAUACUACAGACUUGAAUCAAUGAUAGAAUCAUGAAUGAAGUACUUAGAUGGAGAAAGACUAUUUCUUGAAAUUUUGAGUGUCUUACUCUUCUUCUAACCUCUCUUGACAGCCGGCACUCCAGUCGUCGGAGGAAUGGCUUCGCGCAAGGCUUCACGGAUUUCGUUGCGGAAUCUAGUACGUGGGCGUCCUUCCUUAACAGCUGCAGCCGCUGAAAGAGAGGACCCUUUGCAGAGCGGUGCUUUUGUGCCCUCGAUUUCCGAAAUGAUACUUCCAUCAAGUGCAAGUACGUCAAGCACAAGAACAGACACCUUUUGUCUCCUCGCAAACCGGAUGCUUUGGCUCUUAGAACUCAUUCAGGGUGUGGGGACGACGAUGAGUCUUGCAGGAUUAGAUGGUAGGCAUGAAGAUGGAGUUGGAGAUCAUGGACUACAACAAGAACGUUCAAGUGAUGAAAUCGCGACAGCAGUAAAACGACUAGCACUUUUGCAACUGCGCCCACUCGCCUGUUGUCUUCAUCGCAUUCUUAGAGAAACACCCGAGUUCGCACGAGUACUAGAAUCGCCUUUAGUAGUCCUGAGUGCUGCAAGUAAACGCGGUUUUGCGUCGUACCUAGAGAAGAUGCGAUCCAUCCUACAGCAGAGUAACAACACGGCGCCAGGACACGAACGUCUAGUCCCUGAAGACCUGCCUUUCUGUCUCGCUUUUGCACUGGGCACCUUGGUCUCCCAGAAAGAGAGCGACCCCAUCUGCAUCACGCUGCUGGCGGAAACUAGCAUCACUACUUUCAAGAUACUCGCAAGCAUCACGGGGAAGGUUAAGACCGUCGUAUCGACCGAAGAAGAACAAGGAGGAACCCCUAAAGUAGGCACACCAGGAGGCGGUAGAACUAGAAGCUCAAGUUCUUCUAUUAGAAAAUCCACUUUCACAACGCAAGUGCAACAUCAAAUUAUAUUAAGGCUUGUGAGGAAUUCCAUCUUUCCCAGCAUCUUGGCCUUCCUGUUUGUGAAAGGAUCAAAAGAGACACCUCCAAGAUGCUCACCCAGAUGGAUUUCUGCAAGGUCAACAUCAAGGAGAACAAGCAGCUCCACGGUUGUCAAGCAUAUUGCGAAGAAGUUUCCGAAAAGCGGUGCCAACGGCUAUGAUCAGCCUUACAUCCAUGGGCACGAGUCCUCCGGAGGAGGAGGAUGUCGUACUAGUAUCAGCGGUGGAGGGAAACUACAGCAAGAAGGGAACUACUUCUACCACUUCUACAUCAAGCCACAACGUCUUCCUGCAUAUCGUGUUUGCAGAACAUUCGUUACCUUUCGUAUUUGGGAUCCUACAGAACUGGACCUUGCUGUCCAAGAUGGCAAAAGUCGGGUUUGCCCUUGCAGAUUUUCUAGCAGAAAGUCUGUCGGAGGACGAAAAAGCGGCGUUAAUCCACGCACAAGGGGCUGAAAGGUUUCUCCUCAGUUUCGGGAAGAGCGUGGCCGGACUCGGACAAGAAAUCAUACGGGCAACGGUACUUCCCUUUUUUUUUGUCUGUAGUUUUCAGAUUCAGAUCAAGUAGACCUCGAUGAUAUCCGAAUCUUCAAUCUUCGACUUUUAUGCCUUGUAGCUAGUUGUUUGUACUAGAACUUCUAACCAAGUAGUUACUCCUCUACAACUAUGAGUUCAGAUAUGUUGACCAAGAAGAAAACACAACCUUUUCUGACAGUUUACCGACGAUUCUGCCACUGUGCGACUUCAAGCGCAGAGGCUACGCGUUUGGCGCAUGUAUUUGGGCUUGUUCAAGGCAGUUUCUACGCCGAAACUUCUUCGAGGCAUCUCGAGGACGAUGGCUACCUACGACGUCGAACGUAUUGCAAUAGAGCAGUUCGAAUCGGCGUCGCAGGAACCUCUCCAGACCGUGCCCGGACAACUGAUGCCCUUGGACCAGUUACAAGAUCUGGAGAAUUUUUGUGGCGUGCAUCAGCUUGACAUGUGAUUGCGAAGUGCAUUUGUGCUUGGCGUUGGCAUGACUGAGCUUGUUGAUGAAGUUGAUGUGUGGAAGAUGAAAACCUCCACUUCUGUACAUGAAUAGGAAUGCCAGGCUUGUUACUAAGACUGUCUUUGCUUAACAGCUGUCCCCCCCUGCUACGACGAAAGGUCGUGGAUUCGGCCUCACUCGUGCAGGCAGGACUGCUGUGACGUGGCGUUCAGCCCAGACGAAGGGUAGCCGCCGUCGCCCAUUGAAUUGAGCUACUGCAUCUAUUAGGAGUAAGAUGUACCACCAGAUAAGGGCUACUUAUACGGGCGCUAGAUGUCGCUAGGUGCAAACUUCUUGCGUCUAAAUCUGCAUACUUCGUCCUGCAUGAUGAGGAUGCUCAUGUUUUGUGUACGAAACGAAUUCAUUGUACACAAGACAGUACAAAUUACAAUUUUAUAUCGCAUUAAGGAUCCUCGUCCUCCAUCAGAUACCAGCAAGUAGUAAGUCAAGUAGUUGCCGCAGUUUCCAAGUCAAGUAGUUUCUCGUUUCUGUAUUACUUUGCUCUUCAUUUGAAAGAUUUCGCUUCCCUUCCUGGGGUUUUAACGAAGUCCAAAAUUCACUAACUCAUUGACUUUCAAGCUCAGCAUUUGAAUUUGAAUUUCAUAUGGUUUUCUUGCCAUAGCACGCACCAUAGAACAUGUACGCACCAUAUUACAUUUUUUUGGAGCUGCGCCUCCGCCUCAUUGGCGUUUUUUUUUUGAGCAGUGACCUUGUUGCUGCCUUUUUUACGAAUAUAUCCUUUGGAACUGUAAUGCGAACGCUAAUGCAAUUUAUUGCUAUUAAUGCAACGAUGUGACUGCGCAAAAAAACUUAGAAAAUGUAACAUAGUCAGGAGCACGCCACAUCACUAACUCGAUACAAAGUCGAAGAUCGAUCCCCGUCUAUUUUCCCCACCGGCGUCUAUUUUUUUUGAGCAGUGACCUUGUUGCGGCCAUUUUUUGGAAUAUAUCCUUCGGAACUGUAGUGCGUUGCUAAUACAAUUGAAUGCUAAGGCAAUUAUGUAAAAACGGGAAAAAAAUCUUGGAAAAUGUAACAUAGCCACGAGCGCGACACAUGACACACAAUCGAAUACUUUAAUGAGUAGAUCACGUUUUCAACAUGUUUUAGUCGAUACAUCAAAAUUUUUUUCUUUUUUCAUACUUACAUGAUAAAGAGUGAGGCUGAAGUUGUGAAAUCUGUCUUCUACUAACAAUAAUGUGCUGAUGAUGAUUUGUACUACUACAUUUGGCUUUCUGUGAGUAGAAGACGGCUCAUUAACUGAUAGAUAGAUCCACGGUUUUGAGCCGUCUUCUUAGGGGUCACCAAAAAAGUGGCCACCAGGACUAGGACACGUUCGCUAAGACGCUACAAAUAAGACGAAACAACAAAGCCGGCAGGUCUCCUACUUACGGGCGUGGAGCAGGUUGAUCUUACAAUGUUUCUCGUGUGUUUGUCAAGUCAUUGUCUUUAUUGUGGAUUUGCAUAGAGUUGAACAGGGUACGAAAUGUAUUUACAUAUGAGCACGAAGUUUACAGUACAGCUCGGGUAUGAUGAAGAAAAUAUCCACCUUAAUAUUUUUUAGUAAGAAGUAUAACAUGUUAAACAAAAACAAGUUAUAGUACCAAGACUUAUCUGUAGUUUCUGUAACACACAUCAACAAGUAAGCGACACAGAAUCCAUAUAACAUUUAAGUUUUAUCUUUUUGCACGGGAGUGCGAGUGGGAGAUGCUGGGGAUGGCUCAUAAGACGAGUCGGUUCUUGGUCAUGAGAGAGUAUGAAAAAUGAAAUUCAUUAUGUCCAGAAAAGUCAUUUUUAGUAUGCAGCCACAAUAAAGUGUAGUAAUUUAACUUCUAAUUCAAGCACUACAUAAGUUACCUUCUAACUAAAGAAAAGAACUACAUCUAGGAGCAGCUAGACAGAAUCACUUCGUGCUUUCAAGCUAAACAUAAUUUUGUUUUCGAUUUUCCUCUGUGUUGCUUCGAGUACAUGAUACACAUUUAUUGAUUUUCCUCUUUGUUGCUUGUACAUUUAAUGAGAGGAGAAUUGGCACGACGCAUUUGAUAGCACUGUCAGAAGUAACAUCGAUCUACAACGAAGCGAAUAUGAUUCUGAAUCAAAGAAUGCUUCGGGCUUUUACAGCUAAGUACAACUUUUUCAGGAGUUACUUACAGAGCAACUCUGAGUCAGAGUCAGGGCACUCCACAUGAAGAUGUUCUGAUCUGACGCAACGCGGCGGCCCGAUGACAACGAGUUAUUUGUGAUGAAGGGCUUGCGGAUGGCGCCGAGGACUGUGACUGGCGUGUUAUGGGCAGGAAGGAAC